GUAUAUUUGAGAAUGUCUAUCGAAAUGAGGAAGUUUACAAAACUGAUUGACAAUUAUGGUAGAAUUCAUGAUUAUUUACGUAUAUCAUUAACGGGAAAAUGUAAUUUAAAUUGUAAGUUCAAAUAAAUUGGCAUUUACUACUUAUUUUUUUUUUAAAAAAAACAAACAAACAAAACCCAAUUAGGUUCAUAUUGUAUGCCAAAUAAAUCAUUUCAAAAUAAUAAUCAAAUCAUAUUAUCGAAUAUAAUAACAUCUAAUGAAAUAUUAUUUCUUGCUAAUUAUUUUUGUUAUCGUGGUAUAAGAAAAAUUCGUUUAACCGGUGGUGAACCAUUAUUACGACCCGAUCUACAACAAAUUAUAAGUUUGAAAUAAAUUACAAUUAUCUAUUUAUUACCCUUUUUUGUUUAAAAAAUAAUAAAAGAAGAUUUGAAUGAAUUAAAAUGUCAACAUAAACAUUUCAAUGAAAUAGCAAUGACUACAAAUGGAGUGAAAUUUAAGAAAUAUGCUGAAAAUUUAUUAUUAGCUGGUUUAAAUUCAGUGAAUAUCAGUUUAGAUAGUUUAAAAUCAGAAAGAAUUUUAAAAUUAACAGGACAAUCUACAUUUAAACAUUCAAUGGCAGCUAUAAUUAAAGCGAUUGAAGUGGGAUUUAAAAGUGUUAAGGUUAAUUGUGUAGUUAUGAAAAAUUUCAAUGAAGAUGAAUUAUGCGAUUUUGUUGAACUGACACGGUAUUUACCUAUUGAAGUACGAUUCAUUGAAUAUAUGCCAUUUUCUGGUAACAGUUGGGAACUAUCAAAAUUAUUCUCAUAUAAACAAAUGUUAAACAUUAUACAAAAUUCUUAUCCAAAUUUAAUUUGUUUAAAUGAAAAAUCAUUUGAUGUAACAAAACUUUUUCAAGUAUCAGGAUGGUUAGGUAAGAUUGGUUUCAUCACUUCAAUGACUGAGAAUUUUUGUGCCGGAUGUUCACGUUUACGUAUUACAGCUGAUGGAAAUCUUAAAAUUUGUUUACAUGAUAAUUAUGAAGUGAGUUUAGUGGAAAUAUUACGCAACAAAAUGAAUUCACAUGUAAUUGAUGAUUGGUUUGCUGAUAAGCCUAAUUAUAAUUUAAAACAAUCUAAGCAAUUAAAUGAAAUCUAUGAUCAACUUGAUGAGAUUGUCGAUCAAGCUUUAACUAAAAAGUCUGCUAGUCACAAAGGUGCUAUUCAACUUGCAUCAAGUGUAAAUCGUUCAAUGGUUCAAAUUGGCGGUUGAACAAAUUUCAAUAAUCCUAUCAAUUUAUAUAGAUGAAUUUUGAAUUAGGAUAGAAUAAUUUAUUAUGUAAAUAUAUUUAAAUAAAUAUUGAUUGAAU